AUGAAGACAGAGAAUUGCACUUUGGUGAGUGAGUUUGUUUUUCAAGGUUUCUCCAGCUUCCAUGAGCACCAGCUCACACUUUUUGUAGUGUUCUUUGCACUAUACAUAUUGACACUAGCAGGCAACAUCAUCAUCGUGACCAUCAUCAGCCUUGAUCGCCACCUACACACCCCCAUGUACUUCUUCCUCAGCAUGCUGUCAGCUUCAGAGACAGUGUACACACUGGUUAUUAUACCAAGGAUGCUCUUGAGCCUCAUAGUCCUCAGUCAGCCCAUUUCCUUGGCUGGCUGUGCCACUCAGAUGUUCUUCUUUGUCAUGUUGGCCAUCAACAACUGCUUCCUGCUCACAGUGAUGGGGUAUGACCGCUACGUGGCCAUCUGCAACCCUUUGAGGUACUCAGUCAUCAUGAACAAGAGAGUGUGUACUCAGCUGGUGUGGGGGGCCUUUAGCAUUGGUUUGAUUGUAGCAGUGACACAGGUGUCCGCUGUGUUCAGGCUGCCCUUCUGUAUCACAAAGGUGGCCCACUUCUUCUGUGACAUUCGGCCAGUAAUGAAGCUCUCCUGCAUUGACACCACUGUCAAUGAGAUCCUGACUUUGGUCAUCAGUGUGCUGGUGAUCCUCAUCCCCAUGGGCUUGGUCUUCAUCUCCUACAUCCUUAUCAUCUCCACCAUCCUCAAGAUUGCCACUGCUGAGGGAAGAAAGAAGGCCUUUGCCACAUGUGCUUCUCACCUCAUCGUGGUUAUUGUCCACUAUGGCUGUGCCUCCAUUGCCUACCUCAAACCCAAGUCAGAGAACACCAUGGGUGAGGACCAGCUAAUCUCUGUGACCUACACAGUUAUUACACCCCUGCUGAACCCCGUAGUGUACACUCUGAAGAACAAAGAGGUCAAAGACGCUCUGCACAGGGCUAUUGGCAGGAAACUCUCCUGA